AUUCCAGACUUGUUUACUGACUCAUAUUAUCGUGAUAGAUGUAAAAGGUUAAUUGGAACGUUUCGGGACUGGGAUUGAAGAUCAUAGAAUGGAGGAUGAAUGUAACAGUUUAGAUGACAAUUGGAUAGCAGUUAAGCAAGGUGCUUUCAAUUUAGAAAAGGAUAAAAGGCGCCUUCAGUUUGAUGUCGCCUGGAAUUUCGUCGAGAAGUCUCUUGCGAUAUCUUGCCGAUGUAAGUCUCGAACCGCUAAACAAAGUGGUGAGGGAUGGGCAGGAAUGUUUACUUUAUAUCAAAUUCAGACCAUACAUGAACGAUUAACAACCAUUCGGCCCCAACUCGUAAUGUGCCUUCCAAAAUUGCCUGUUGAACCUCGAGGUAUAUGGAGUUACUUUUGUAACUCUGAACCCCCGUCUGAAAAUCUCUGCAAAGAAAUAGAACAGUAUUUACGACACGCCUUAGAUAUUUGUGGCGAAAAUCUAUUACUGUCCAUCUUAUUUGAACAACCCCUAUCCAUGGACGAUUACUUUGAGCAAAUUGGCUCUCUCAAGAGGAAAUACUACGAAGCCAACGUACAAAAAGCCACUGACUGUCUAAACACUUUAAUAUCCCAUCGAAGUCAUGCUGUUACCUUGAGGGAAAUGACUGAUAUUUACGAAGAGGAAGACGAUUGUUUAUCAAAUGUGCAACGUCUUCUUGCCGUAUUCUAUAAUUACUUACUUCAACCUUUUCUUGAUUUGCGAGAGGCGACUUUUAAUAAUUUGAGGCAAGCUAAAAAUACACUAGCCAGUGACGAUGUUGGCGACAGGGUGAAAAACGAAUUAAAGGGAAAGUUCUGCAAUUGGCAGAAGGAGUACCAGGAAGCUAUUGAAAACAUUCAAAAUUUAUAUACUGAAUAUUAUCAAAGUGUUGUUGACCUCUUUGCCGACGCCGAGAAGCGUAUGCUUGAAGAUAGAAGAAAAUUUGGUAACGCCUCAUUUGAUCUUCUAGCACAGAGUCGUUUAAGAAAAAUAUCGAAAUGCUUGUUUAAUGAAAGGCGUCAAUAUUACGAGAGCGUCAGACGAAAGUACGAGUACGAAAGGGACAAAUGUCAACAAGAGUUGGCAUCGUCGAAUCAGGAAAAAAUACAAUCUUUGGAGAAAGAAGCGUAUAAAUGGCAAUUAAAUAUUUUUAACAUCAAAUUAGAGGCCCUUGAAAAUGAAGAGCACUAUUACCGAAACUUAAUGGAUUACAUAAGAGGCAAAAUUAACGAAAGGGAAUCAGAAUUUCACGACGCUUUAGAGGACUUUAGUUUGGUUAUUGAAGACGAAGAUGAAAAUCCGCUUGACAGAGAAUUAAAUGCUAUUGGGAAAAAGCUGAAUCGUAUCCAAAGACAACGAGCCGUAAUCAGAAGCAAAAAGAAAUCUUUAUCAAGUGAACAUUUACAAAAAGAAGAAAAGAUAAAAGUAAUUAAUGAGGAGAGGAAAAGGCAUCAUAGUAUACAAAUGAAAAGAGAAGAGAAGUGGAGACACAACAAAGAAAAAUCGGAAUUUAUCAAUGAGGAACGAAAAAAGGCACUUCAUCGAUUAAAGCAAUAUAAAUUGAAAUAUUCUAUGCCGUCUUCCAUACAACCCCAUCUUUUAAACGAAAGAAAAUGCUUGAAACUACAAGAAAGUGCUUUACCACCUAGUACCCCUCCUCCUCCUCCAUCUCCUCCACCUCCUCCUUCAUUAUCCGCUCCUCUUGUACCACUUCCACCACCUCCGAUUCUUCAUCCGUCACCGCCACCUCUAAUUUCUUUACCCCCUCCUACUCCCCCCCCUCUAUCACCUCCGCCUCCCGUAUCUGCUGCUAUGAUAUCAAGUUCUUUGCCACCUGUUUCUGCCCCAUUGCCAGCAACAGCGGCGCCGCCGCCACCGCCGCCGCCACCACCACCUCCCCUACCACCGCAACCUUCUCCGACUUCCCCGAUUGAACAAAAAAGAAAUGUUAACCUUUCCGGACUCUUAGAUGCCAAGAGUAAUUUAAAGAAAACAGAAGUAAAGGAGAAAUCUGAUCCAAUGGCUGAUAUGCUAAUGUUAAUACGAAAGGGUAUUAAGCUUAAGAAAGUGGAAGUAAAUCCAAAGAGAGAAAAACCUACAGAAUCAGGUAAUCAUAUUGAACAACUCAAUAUGGCAUUAGACCGGAUAAGAAAAGUAUGUCAAUCCUCUGAAGAGGAAAAUAGUGAUGGAGAAGACAUUGAAUUCGGGUAA